AGUUAGUUGCGUGCGUCACGUUGUGACUUGAAGAGCAUGGACGAGGUCUGAAUGUGUGUGUGUGUGUGUGUGUGUGUGUGUGUGUGUGUGUGUGUGUGGCACCGGACUGGUCUGCACCGACACCGGAGGACGUCUUCAUGCACCGAACACCAGGACAAGGCAUGGCUGGGAAGCCUUUCCGGGCCACCUAUAUCUGGAGCAGCAUCAUCUCCAACCUCCACACGAGUGUGGAGGUCAAGCGCCGGCGCCACAACCUCAAGUCGUACCCCGACUGCUUCCUGGGCUCAGAGGCCGUAGACGUGGUGUUGGCUCACAUCACCCUGAACCGUUUCUUUGGCGAUGAAGCGGUGCCCCGCUACAAGGCCGUCCGUCUGUGUCAGGCCCUGAUGGACUCCAGGGUGUUUGAGCCGGUGGGCAUUAAAGUGUUUGGGAAGGAAAAGAAGCCAGCGACAUUCGAGGACAGCAGCUGCAGUCUGUACAGGUUCCUGAGCCCGACGACCGUCUCCUCGUCGCCGCUGACCGACGCCUACUCUCACUCCACCAGCACCAUCGAGAGCGGCUAUGACUCGCCGGGCACCAACAGGAACAAGAACAGCUACAGUCCGUCACGUGAGAGACAAGAGCCGCUGAGCUACUCCACCCACUCGCCCGUGAAAACAGACAAAUCACUGGAGGACGUGCUGGGAAACCUCAACCUGAGCUCCAUCACCCCGCAGAUGGUCAACCUCGGCCUCUCUCAAGCGCUCGUGGACGAGGUGUGGCACCAGCAGGCGGUGUUCAGGCUGCUGCAGCUGGUGGAGCUGCCCCUGCUUGAGAACUUGUUGGAGGGCAAGGACACAUGUCGGCCUCCCCUGCACGCCGUGGACAGCGACCCGGACCUGUUGUAUACGUCAAGCUAUCUGGAUCGAGAGGUCCUCAAGGCCUUCAGUGAAGCACAGGCUGAUGAGUGGAUGUCGGGGGCGGUGGACUGUCUCGAGUUCCUGCCCGACGAGCUGGUGGUUGAGGUCAGCCGAGGUUUGGCCAGCUGCGCGAACGACCUGCUCCAGUGCAAGAGGCUGCUUUAUGAGAUCCUGGCUCAGCAUUACGGACACGCGCAACAACACCCACUGCUCAGCAACCACGUUUUCGACAUUCACUCCGGCAUCUCCGAGUUACUUGUGAACGGAAAGCAGGAGCAAGCUCUGGAGGCCCUGCAGCUGAGCCUGAAGCUGCAGAGCUCUCGCAGCAGGGAGGAGCUUCGCAGACUCCUGAGAUUCAUGGCCGCCGCAGCCAAUGUACAGGAGGUCAGGCUGCACAAAGAGGUUGAAAACAGAAUGGCGGUGAAACGGUCUUUCUCAAGUGCCAUCGUCUACAGCAGGAGACUCCCCAAAGGAAAGGUGGACUUGAUGGUUCUGUUCAUGAUGGAUAAACACUGUGACCUUUUCAAAAUUCCUGUUUCAUUGCACAAGAUGGUCAGCGACAGAAUAAUGAAUAUUGUAAAAGGGAAGGAUCCAGAUACGAUAACAGGAUCCACAUACUGCGAAAGACUGAGUGCGAGGGCCUAUUCAGAAAAUGCGCAGAAAACCACGAAAGAGGAGCUUUGCUCCUUACUGCGGACAGUCCACGAGAACCCCAAGCUCUCCGUCAAAGAAAAGAGACGGCUGCUGGGACAGUUUUACAAAGGCCAUCCUGAGAUUUUUGUUCAGUACUUUGGAAAUAGAUUGUCCAGUUUGAACAUGUUAUAAAAGUGAUUUCAUUAGUUAAAGUAAAAAUCAUGUACUAAUAUGUAAAAAGACAGAUGUAAAAAAGGAAAAGAAAAAUGAUUUGUGAUAAAGUGAGCGUAUUGUAUUUGCUUGUAUGUAAAUAUUUUAAACUACUGAAAAAGAAUGUGAAUUUUAAUUAUAGAGACUCUUGAUAAGCUGAAAUAUGUAACGACACAUUUAGUCCUCUUCAUUUUUUGUUGAUAUUUCUUUGGUGCAGGACACUAACAUGAAAUGUCUUUGUCGGAUAUAGGUGAGACUGUUACUUUUUUUCAGAAUGACAAAAUGACCCCUGCAUUCGUAUGGUCUUUAUAUUUUUUUAAUAUGUUUUCACACUCUUGAUGAUAUUCUGUGUCUGCAGCCAGUGAAGAGCAGUCUGCACGUCGCUUUUUCAAUGGACGUAUUCUUUGUGCUCGUGCAAUAGGAACAGUGUUAGCAAUAAAUAAAAAAAAGAAACUGU